AUGGGUGACCUAAAAGAAGACCAGAGCAAUGAACUCGAAGUAUUGGAAUCUAUAUACACAAAUGAAUUAACAAUAAUUUCGAGGGAGCCUUUGAUAUCGUUUCUUUUAACAAUUGCAACACAAAUUGAAAAGGUGGAUAUGGAGGAUGUUGAAAUCUGCCUGAAGUUCACACUGCCUGAAAAUUAUCCCGAUGAAGUUCCAGCAGUGGAAAUAAUCAGCCAUUCAAAUCUUGAAGAAAGUUAUGUCGAAGUAUUAACUGAAAUGAUCAUACGACUUGCCGAGGAGAACGUUGGCACGGUGAUGACUUACAACAUAGUGACUGCUCUGCAGGAUAAGUUGAUUGAAAUCGUUGAAACUGUUGCUACAAAUAAAAGAGAUGAAGAGGACAGAAAGUUGAAGGCUGCUGAAGAAGCUGAACGAAAAAAAUUUGAAGGAACGAAAGUCACGGUAGAAAGCUUUUUCAAAUGGAAAACAAAAUUUGAUGCUGAGAUGAUGGAACUAAAAAAAUUAAAAAUCAAAGACGACCUACUAAUGAGGAAACUAACAGGUCGUGAAUUAUUCAUGAAAGAUCAUGCCAUGGAUGAUUCUGAUGUCAAAUUUCUCGAGGAGGGUGGCGAGGUUGUGGAAGUGGAUGAAACGUUAUUCCAAGAUGUUGACGACCUCGAUCUGAAUGGAGAGGAAGAAGAAAUGGAUAGGAAGCUCAUUCUAUUGGACGAUGAUUAA